ACUGCUGCUGAGCGUCACACACUGAGAGGAGAAGGACUGCUGUGUUCUCUCUGAACCUGCUCAACAUGUUUAAAGUCGUACAUCGUCUGGGUGGCCGUUGUGCAGUUUUAUCAGGACAGUCAUGCUGUUCACGUGGUUCAGCCCAACUACACCUGGGAAGUGGCGCAGUAUGUCAGAAACCAGCCCACAAACAUCGUCCGGCAGACCUCCCAGAGAUGCCCUCAUGUGACUUCAAACCAGAGGAAUACAAGGGCAUGUCCAAAGAGCGGAUGAUGGAGAUCCGUAGGCAAAACUGCAACCCCAUGAUCAUGAAGGUCACCUACUAUAAGAAACCAGUGUUCUUCCAUCAGGGAUACAUGCAGUGGCUUUGGGAUGUGGAUGGGAGGCGAUAUCUGGAUCUAUUUGCUGGCGUGGCGACUGUCAGUGUGGGCCACUGCCACCCGAAAGUGGCUGCAGCCCUACAGAGGCAGUUGAAGAGAGUGUGGCAUACUACAAACAUCUAUGUCAACCCUACUCUCCAUGAGUAUUGUGAGAAACUAGCCUCCCACUUACCAGAUCCUCUCAAGGUUGUAUAUCUGACCAACAGCGGCUCAGAAGCCAAUGACCUGGCCAUGUUGAUGGCUCGACUUUACACAAGCAACUUUGACAUCAUCACUUUCCGAGGAUCAUACCAUGGUGGCACCCAACAGACCAUGGGUCUUACCUCCAACUCACCCUACAAAUACCCCAUCGCUACUAGUUCAGGUUGCACAAACACAAUGUGUCCUGAUGUGUUCAGAGGUCUGUGGGGAGGAAGCCACUGCAGGGACUCUCCUGUGCAGACCACCAGACAGUGUGGCUGUGCCCAAGGUCAUUGCAUGGCAAAUGACCAAUACAUCGGGCAGCUCAAAGAGACAUUUGCUACUAGUGUACCAAGUCGAAUUGCUGGUUUCUUUGGAGAGCCCAUUCAGGGAAUGGGAGGAGCUGUGCAGUACCCUAAAAAUUACUUAAAGGAGGCUUACCAACUUGUGAGGGAGAGAGGAGGGGUCUGCAUUGCUGAUGAGGUCCAGACGGGAUUUGGGCGAACAGGAAGCCACUUCUGGGGUUUCCAAGGUCAUGAUGUCCUCCCUGAUAUGGUUACAAUGGCGAAAGGCAUCGGUAAUGGAUUCCCAAUGGGAGCUGUUGUUACAACACAAGAAAUUGCUGCUUCCUUUGCGCAGGCCUUCCACUUCAACACCUUUGGAGGAGGUCCAUUGGCUUGUGCCGUCGCUUCAUCAGUGCUUGAUACUAUCAAAGAAGAUGGCACACAGCAGAACAGUCAUAAUGUGGGCACCUAUCUGAUGACAGAACUGGCAAAACUAAGAGACACGUAUGAGAUAAUCGGUGAUGUCCGUGGAAAAGGCCUGCAGAUUGGGGUGGAAAUGGUGACAAAUAAGGCCAGCAGAGACCCACUGCCUCCAGGGGCAAUGAAUGAGAUAUUUGAGGACAUCAAGGACAUGGGAGUCCUGAUAGGAAAAGGAGGAGUCUACGGACAGGCUUUCCGUAUCCAACCCCCCAUGUGCAUCACAAAGGAGGAUGUAGAUUUCUUCCUGGCUGUUUUUAACAAGGCCAUCCAAAGAUACAUGGACAAAAAAUGAACUAGAAUCAAACCUGGAAACCGCUUGCACUCAGCAUUAGACUGAAUUUUUCUAAGUCUUGAAAUAAAAAAAAAUGUAAAUGUUAAUAAUCUGCUGUUGUGUCCUGGGAAUUUUAACAGUCAACUAGGAUAUGCUUAUUAUAGACAUGAAGACGCCCUGGCUGGUGUCUCAUCUAAAGGUUUUUAUUUUACAGCGAGGACAUAAUUGUUCCAAACAAUGAGCAAACAACUUUACUGGAGGGCAUCAUUAUAUAACUCUGUUGUUCUUAAUUUAUCUCUGUCUAGAUCUAUUUAAUCAACUUUAUAUGUUUGCAGGCAAUCGGAAUGUAUCGAUUAUUUCAUGUUUGAUGUAGAAACUACUUGUGCUUUUACUUAUCGACGUAAAGGGACAGUGUGUAGGGUCUGGCAGGAUCUAUUGACCCUCUCAUCAUGUAUCUUAAGAUAGUUGUGAAUACUGUACCCCAUAUCUGCUAAUAGAUCUUCCUUUAAAUUCCACCUUUUUUUGCAAUGUUUUAUCUCUCACUAAUAAAAGAGGCAUAUGAAAAAGUG